CAAUAAGCGCGUGCUUAUUAUUAUCAUCUAUUAUAUUAUUACUUAUUGUGUACUUAUACUGACGAACCGGUAGUUUAUGAAGAACUAAGCUCACUGAACCCCUCUAGAAAUGCAUUUGUAAUAUAGUAAUUCAUUGUAAUAAGAAACUAACAAGACAAGAAGAUAGAUUUGUGGUCUUUUUAUUUACUUUAUCGCCUGAUAACAUCGGACACUCUUUGUCCACACACCGCUAAAUAUGCCCCUCUGUGACGUCAUGUAAACAAACAUCAGCUGUGAGCUGGAGACACUUAAAAGAUGGGUGCAGACAUAACCAAACCAGUCCAAGCUGACGGCAACAGUAUGGAAGAAGAAAUAAGGAUGACUGAGACAGAACAAGGAGAUGUGGCGAGCAAUGAGGAAGAGUCCAGUGGAGAAAUGUCCAACAACAGUCCUGUUAAAAGAGGAAGGGGGUGGCCACAAGGUUCAAAGAAUUUGAAGGUUAGCGGCAUUUCCGACAGUGCAAACAUGACCGAACUAGUCCAAGCUGACGGCAACAGUAUGGAAGAAGAAAUAAGGACGACUGAGGCAGAACAAGGAGAUGUGGCGAGCAAUGAGGAAGAGUCCAGUGGAGAAAUGUCCAACAACAGUCCAGUUAAAAGAGGAAGGGGGAGGCCACAAGGUUCAAAGAAAUUGAAGGUUAAAGACAUUUCCAACGGUGGGUCCACACAGCCCCCGAGGGGAAGAGGGCGUCCAAAACUCACGAAACCCACAAAGCAGGACGGAUCGGGAGACAACGAUGCUGAUAAUUCUGUGCAAACUCCUAAGAAAAGAGGCAGGCCAAGUAAGUCUCUCAGCAAAAACACCGAUGCUAAAGACUUACCGAACGGUGAAUCGGAUACACCAAAAGCAAAAAGGGGUCGUCCAAAAGGAUCCACGAAGCGCAAGUCAGAAAGUUUAACAGGUGAUGAGGAUGAGGAUGAGGAUGAGGAUGAGGAAGAGGAUGAGGAUGAGGAUGAGGAUGAAGAUGAAGAGGCUCAAAGUGGCUCUCCUGGUAAGAAACGCAGGCUGAGAGAGGUGAAGGAGGACGCUGGUGGAAGCAGAAGGAGGAGAGGUCGGCCCAGUAAGGUGCAGGCGACAUCAAAUGGCAUCUCAGCAACGCCUCAUAGAGGGAGGGGUAGGCCAAAAAAGAGCGGAGAUGGCUCCCAGCCAGCUAAGAGGGGAAGAGGUCGACCUAAAGGCUCCUUAAACAAGAGCACCCCUGCAUAUAAGGUUCCCGGUAAGGUAGGCCGGCCUAAGAGUACUCCGUCCAAAAGAGGGAGGCCUGGUCGACCAAGAAAAGAACCAGCCAAAAGAGGAAGGCCAAGGAAGCACCCUCUGCCGUCAGCUGAGGAGCUGAAAAAGCCAAGAGUAUGGAAGCCGCUGGGAAGGCCGAGAAAAUACCCACGUGUUGAUUCUCCAGAGGAGUCUGAAACAGCCGCUCGCAGAGGCCGCGGUCGGCCUUUCAAGGCCGAGUCGAAGAAAGGCGCUCACUUACGCAAGAGUUUGCCUGCCUCCAAUGUCGGAUCCCCGAGAAAAAGGGGCCGUCCCCCAGUUACUCCAAAAAGUGAUACUGGCACCCAGCGGAGAAGGGGCCGCCCUAAAGGAUCAGUCAACAAAAAUAAAGCCAGACGUGAGGCACAGCUCGACAGCGAACUCCCUGACAAUUCAAAAGAAGAGAGUGAUUCAUCUCCUGUUGGGGAGGAACAUGUAGAGCCAGCAGAAGAGGAGGUGGAGCAUGACGUCGAGGCAGCCCUCGAGGAUGACACCGAGACAGCCAUCGAGCUCGAGGAAAAUACUGAAGAAUCGCUCAUUGAUCAGGAUGCAAGCUUUGAAGUUAGUAACCAGGCUUGAUAAACCAUCCCGGUCUGACCAAAAAGUUGCUGUAGUAGUUGCUGCUGCUGCAUAGAAUUCAAUCUUGUCAAUGAAAACACACGUUUUUAACAUUUUGUCAGUCGGGUAGGCUAGAUAUUCAGCAGCUCUUCUGUUUUCCCGACUAACUUGUCCAUCUUGUUCUAUUGUGCUUGAUUUUAUUUUUUUAUUUUUAAGUACUUUAUUUCUGUCUUAUGAGUAAGCAGUAGUACUAAUAAUCUUUUUACUGGAACUGGCAUGUCGAGGUUUGUUAUUAUAGACUGAUUGUUCCAGUUUUCAUUUAUCUUUCAGAUGUAGUGUUUUUUAACUGUCUAACUGUAACUGUAAAACGGUUGCUGGGGAAUGACUCGGAAGGGAAAAAAGUCCAAACAACGGUUGGAGAAAAAUAAAGAAAAGUCCUGCCAUCACAUCGGGGCUAUCUUCUGUUCCGCGAACUUCUGUAACUCAAUACAAUCUCUCAUUCUGCAUUUCUUUCGUCACUCUUUCUGAAAAAGUUAUGAUAGAUUGAUUGUUAUAAUGAUUAGAACUUGGAAAUGUUCUUUUUUGUCUUAUCAAUAUUUUUAUGGUAACAAUGUGAAAACAACGCAGAAGGGGUCACUUGUAGCUAUGAACCUACAGAUAAUUUUUUUCUACCUGAAUCUGCAGCUCCCCUCGGCUUUACAGAGCUUUAGAGUGUGUUUCAGCUGAUUGUUUAUCUCUCCGGCCGCAACUUUGUGGUUUUAGUUCACUGUCACUGCUCUCAUGUUAUUAUUUUCAGCAGCAGCAGCAGGUGGCUGUUUUCAGCAAAAAAAAAAGUCUAGAAAAGCCAUUGUAAAAAGCAGACAGACACCGUAAGCCACUGGCUGGUAACAUAGUGGAGCAUUUAGCAGCCAGCUAUUUCCCUCAGGAGUUGGUAGAGACUAAAAAAGAGUGAAUAUUGAACUAUUGGUCACAAACACAACUACAAAUGAUUUGAAGAGGAUAUCUUGCUUUUGGAAAAACACCCGCAGGUUGCGCUCUCACUUCUAUUGAGAGCCUGUGAGGAGAGUUUGAAGACUUGCGAGAUUAAAUGUGUCUAAAUGAUGUCAGAAUUUUCUCAAUGUCAUUUCACAGGGUUUUGUUUUGCCUUAAUUGCCAAAGCUUUGAAUGUACCAUCAGUUUCAGUUACAUAGAUCAAUGAGUUGCCCUGCACAGAUUAGCUUCUCAACCUUCACUCUACAUGCAUUCCUCAACAGGACUUAAAGCUCUGUAUGAAACGCCUUCCCGCCGCACAGUUACUUUAGUUCCACCUGUUGCUAUAGUUAGUUCACUAUUUUCUCUAAAUGUUUAGACGUAGCUGUGAAGCCUUUUCUUUUUUGUUUUUUUAACUUGUGACUGUCAUGAGAUUAAAUUCACGCGAUUUGAUUGAUUUCACAAACAUUCAUUUACUUGUAUUUUUUUUUUUUGGCACAUUGUUUAAAAAUUAUGUGACAUGACUUGUACAUCAUUAUUACUCAUUAACACCUUUAGGGUUGGGUCAAACAAUUGAAGCUUAUAAUUGCCAAAUUGUGUUUCGGUGUGCCAUGUUAAUCAAAUUCAAAAUUAAAUCUGGGUUUGUGAAGUCAAAUCAGUUUAAGUGGACAUAUUUGGAUUUUGAAUGUUUUGAACAAGAAGUCAAUUUGUGCGAUUAUACUCUUGAAAUAAAAUGUUGAUCUUGCUGUUUUAUUUUC